GCAUUUAACACAAAAAAAAAACAUAAUAAAUACAAUAUUAAAAAAAUCGGUACAAAUAGUGAAAUAAACAAAAUGUUACGGACUAAUGCUAUAGUUACAGAUUGGGAUGGACAAAUAACAGUUCUCGAACGUCAAGAUCUUCCUUUAUUAUAUAGAGACAACAUAAAUGAACAACAAGUAGACUCCAUACAAAUAAGAAAUGGUAUUGAAAAUAUUUCACAAACAACUUCUAAACCGACAAUAAACACAGAAAAUAGUAUUGAAAAACAACGAAACAUUCACAAAUCUAGUUCUUCUUGUAAUCACAAUACAAUAGAUCACAGAGACGCAAUCAUCUACGGAGCCAUUUCCGAAUCUCUAACAGGAAGAUAUGGGAUUCAUGGUGACUUAGGUCAACCCUCAUCCGCAAGAAUUGGACCUUAUUACCAACAAGCAAUAAGCGGUUCUUCAAUGUUGGGCGAUAGUAUUUCAGAAAUUAUGACAGACGACUAUCAAAAUGAUCACGAACCAACAUCAGCAAUUCUCGAUUACUGUAAGAGAAAAGUGUUGCGUCCAUACGUUGCUAUCCUGUCAUUGGUGGGAUUAAAUCCGAUCUCAACAGAUACAACCAAAUGUCGAACAUACUUAAGCUAUUUGCAAUGCUGUAUUUUGGUAAUUGUUUUAGUAUUUGGUUAUUUUUUGCAGUAUUUAUCAGCGUAUCGAGGUGAUCGUGGUUUUUCUACGAAUCGUAAACAUGAGGAAUCGAUAUUUGAAUCAAAAAACGUAUCAGCCUAUACAAUUGGUGAGCUGUUUUUUGGUUUUAUAAUACCCUGUUUCUUGGAUAUUGCUGGAUACAUUUCAGCAGUAAUAAUAUGCAAAUUCAUUGAUCACGAACAAUUGCAAAACCUCAUUGAACGCACAUUUCUUAUGUCAAUGCAGCCAAAAAAACUAUCUAGGGUUGUCUGGCGGCACAUAGCGGCUGCGUUCAUUCUGAAUUGCUGCUUGUAUGCAUACUAUGUGCCAGUGGUUUUUUUACAGUCACCUAUUAUUCAAUCCAACUGGUUCGGUGUUUUGGAAACGGAAUGGGAAUUACUUGUAAAGAUAGCCCUGUUGGUAACAUUGUCAGUUCAAAAUUUAAUUGAGAUAAUCAUCUUAAGCAGCUAUUGUAUUGAAUGUUAUUUGUUGAAGGUCCAUUUAUUAACAUUGUCGCAGAAGCUGUUGCUGCAUUCUAUAGAUUCAGUUGAAUGGAUGAGGGAAAUCCUUCAAUUUCGGAAAUUACUCGAACGACUUAACAACAAUGUGUCGUUGCCAGUGUCGUUCUUUGUGAUCAUGAAUUUAACCUAUGCGUUCGCUGGAUUUGUUUAUAUGUUCAAAGACUUUGACUUCAAUUACUGUGCCAUGAAAACCGUAAUUUUAAACUUUACAAAUGUUUUAUUAUGGUUAAUAUUGGGGUUAUUGCCUUUUUUUACUGCCGCAUCGUUAACUCAGGUAUGCCAAUCAGUAAGAAGCAAUGGUCAUCAGAUACGAAUAAGACCAUUCGUUUACCAUAAUACAUCUUCAGAGGACCUUAAUUCGAUGUUGAUAUUUUCAUCGACCCUGGAUAUGUCGGCUAAACUGUUUCGCAUGCCCAUACAAUUCAAUUACAUUUGUUUUGCAGUUCUUAUUAUAUCAGUUGUUAUUUUAACAUUGGGAAUGUGUUUUAAUCUUUCAUUAUUCGGUAUUCCCAAAUUGUAAAACAGUAGUUUUGACUUACCUGCCUUUCACUUAAGAGCAUUUUGCAUAUAAGUUUUAUUUUGUAUAUUUAUUUUACCAAACUCCAUAUAAAUUCGUUAAUUUAAGUGCAUUGUACCUGUGCAUAUCUGUACAUUUAAGAUAAGUGCAUAAUAAUCAUUGAACCAUGUAAAAAAUUAAAUCAAAAAGAAAAAAAAAUGUUUUUGAAUAAAAAAUUAUGUUGUAAAGUUCUUACUAAUUUUAAAGCUUCAUGUAAAUUAUUUGCUGUUAGCUGCUUUUUGGGCAGUAAACUUAAAUUCACUUACCUGCGCAAAAUAUCGUGCAAAAGUUGGUUGUGCAGGUAUGUAGGUCAAAAUUACUGUAUUAUAAAUAUAUAUGGGGGAUUC